AUGCCCCCUGCAGAAGCCCACAAGAAGGGUUCCUCCAUGAAAGAGACCUCAGCAAAGAGGACCCCGACCAAGGGAACUCCCAAAAAGAUAAAAGCCCGGUCUAAGGUCACUGUCGCCGAUCUGUCCAGCAAGAGCACUGAAGCCAUCACCUUCCUCUGGGCUGCUCUACAGCAUGAGCUCGGAAAAACCGGCAGUGCCGUGAGUUCCUCCCGAAAGACGAUUUGUCCGCUGCGGCACGUUCUGAAGUGGGACUUUCACAUGGCCUAUUCUGACAGCUCCCGAUUACAGGUGGAUUACCAAGCCGUCGGUGAUGCUCUUGGUAUCACUAAAUGCGCAGCAACCUUCCGUUACUAUCGCAUUCGUGAUGCCUUUGCCAACGACGCCGAGAACGCCAAUAGACCUGAGCAGGAGAGUCCGCAGGAGAGCCCGCAGGACCUUCCCUCCAAGAGAUCGCGCGCAAGGGCUUUCAAGGGUAAACAGAACGAUGGCGGCGAUGGAGACACCGAGGUCACUGAAGUCAAGUUGAAUUCCGAUACAGUUAUCAAGAAUGAGAAGUCCGACAUCAAAACCGAGAAGGAGGAAGCAAUAGAGAUAGUCACGGAUGAAGACAUCGAGCCUGAUGCUGAUAAUCGCUACGUCAAGAUGGAGGAAGACGUUGACUUCGAAGCCUAG